GUCAGCUCCACUCAGAACUUUAUCGACCUCCGGCAAGGUGAGUUCUACGGUGCCACUCUAAUAUUCGACAAAAUUCAACAGACCCCUUGUGACACGUGUCCGAGAUCUCUUUUUUGAAUCUUUACGCACUUCGAACUCCACGGAGGCGCAAGCGCUAUUCGGCUCUUAUCUGGCGAAAGAGAGGCGCGGCUAUAACCAUGGAUCCCAGUGUACUCGCCAACAUGGACAAGGACGCGUUGAAGAAGCAGAUCGAGAACAUGAAGUACCAGGUCAGCAUGGAUCGAUGGCCCCUGUCGAAAAGUAUUGCAGCGAUGAGGGAGUACGUCGAAGAAAACGAGAAGACUGACCCGCUGAUACACGCGCCCGACAAGAAAAACAAUCCCUGGGCCGAGAAAGGCAAAUGCAUAAUUAUGUAAUCGGGACGAAGAUGAACAGGAGAGUGUGGGGAACGGAAGAGGGGAAAAAUGAGGGAGACAGGGAGCAACAUCUGAACGGGGGAAGGCGGAUCGUUUAACCGUGUUCAACAAAAGCACCGUGGAAGACAUGGC